AUGAAUAUAUGCAAUGAUAGAAAACCUAUGCUUAUUCUAGUGACAGGAGCCACAGGAAAUGUAGGGCGUUAUGUGGUAAAUAAACUUGUAAAGGCUGGUGUAAAGGUCAGAGCGCUGACACGUAAUCCUGCCAAAGCUAACCUACCGUCUGAUGUUGAAGUUGUGUCAGGAGAUCUUGCUCAAUCGGAGACAUUAUUGCCCGUACUGGAAGGUGUAGCACGCUUGCUCCUUUUUCCAAUUGCUUACAAAGCCCCCGUAUCCACGUCUGAAGAAGAUUUUGUUGAGACUACUUAUGUGGUCUCGUUGGCGAAACAAGCAGGUGUACAGCGGAUUGUUGUGUUGUCUUCCUCAGGAUCACCAUUUGUCAACGUAGAGCAGGCAGUGGAGGCAUCGGGAAUGGAGUGGUCACAUUUACGGCCUGGUGAAUUCAUGCUAAACAAAUUGGAUCCCUGGGCUGCCUCCAUACGUGCUGAAGGGAUAGUCAGAAGUGCGUAUCCUGACGUCCCAGUGGUUUCUAUCCAUGAAGAAGAUAUUGCAGAUGUGGCUGUGUCAGUACUGCUGGAAGAUGGUCAUUCAGGAGCAACGUACACACUAACAGGACCAGAAUCAAUUAGCGAACGCGAUAUGGUGGGUGCUAUCGAAGCGAGCAUUGGGCGAAGCAUCCGAAUUGAAAAACUGACACACGAACAGGCACGAGAUAAUAUGAUUCGAGAGGGAUUGACUGAAGACAUCGCGAACUACAUGCUAAGUUACUACGAGCGAUGGAGCAAUGAACCACCAAAAGUGCUACCUACUGUUGAACUGUGUCUUGGUCACAGGGGACGUAGUUUCGCACAGUGGGCUGUAGAUCACGCAGAAGACUUUAAAUGA